AGGUGCUGAUUUCAGCCCUGUAGCGUCAGGAUUGCGUCAAUUCGGGUUUCUGCCACGUCUGGAGUCUCGGAGACAAGCUUUUCAGAAGAGCCCAAACAGGAACAGGGCAGGGCGGCACAUUGCUGAUAGCAAGCGCGGACCUUCCUCCAGCCCCUCCCGCUGCCGGUGCGGGUCCCCGGAUCGGCUGUAACUCCCCGGGAAGCCUUGUUCCAGGGUCCUUCCAGGUGCAUCUGCCCGGAGUUCCUUCAGCACCUCGGACAGAGCACGCAGAAAACAUGGCUCCUAUCACCACCAGCCGCGUGGAAUUCGAUGAAAUUCCCACUGUAGUGGGGAUCUUCAGUGCAUUUGGCCUUGUCUUCACUGUCUCUCUCUUUGCUUGGAUCUGCUGCCAGAGAAGAUCAUCUAAGUCCAACAAGACUCCUCCAUACAAGUUUGUGCAUGUGCUGAAAGGAGUUGAUAUCUACCCUGAAAACCUAAGUAGCAAAAAGAAAUUUGGAGGAGAUGACAAAAAUGAAGUUAAGAAUAAACCAGCUGUGCCAAAAAUUUCAUUGCAUCUUGAUCUGGAGAAGCGAGAUCUCAAUGGCAAUUUCCCCAAAACCAACCUCAAAGCUGGCAGCCCUUCUGAUCUAGACAACGUGACCCCAAAGCUCUUUACAGAGAGAGAAAAGGAGGCCAUUUCCCCUGAGAGCUUGAAGUCUAGUACUUCCCUCACUUCAGAAGAGAAGCAAGAGAAGCUGGGGACACUCUGCUUGUCUCUUGAGUACAACUUUGAGAAGAAAGCGUUUGUGGUGAACAUCAAGGAAGCCCAGGGUUUACCAGCCAUGGAUGAGCAAUCCAUGACCUCUGACCCGUACAUCAAAAUGACCAUCCUACCAGAGAAGAAGCAUAAAGUGAAAACCAGAGUGCUGAGGAAGACACUGGACCCUGUUUUUGACGAAACCUUCACCUUCUAUGGGAUUCCUUAUCCCCACAUCCAAGAGUUGUCCUUGCACCUCACAGUUCUGAGUUUUGACAGGUUUUCAAGAGAUGAUAUCAUUGGAGAAGUCCUGAUUCCUCUUUCGGGGAUUGAAUUAUCGGAUGGAAAAAUGUUAAUGAAUAGAGAGAUCAUCAAGAGAAAUGCUAAGAAGUCUUCUGGACGGGGUGAACUUCUGGUCUCUCUCUGUUAUCAGUCCACUACAAACACGCUCACUGUGGUUGUCUUAAAGGCACGGCACCUGCCGAAGUCUGAUGUGUCUGGACUUUCAGAUCCCUACGUCAAAGUGAACCUGUACCACGCCAAGAAGAGAAUCUCUAAAAAGAAGACUCACGUUAAAAAAUGCACUCCCAACGCAGUGUUCAAUGAACUGUUUGUCUUUGAUAUUCCCUGUGAGAGUCUUGAAGAAAUAAGCGUUGAAUUUUUAGUUUUGGAUUCUGAAAGGGGAUCCCGAAAUGAGGUGAUUGGGCGGUUGGUCCUGGGUGCCACAGCUGAAGGAAGUGGUGGGGGGCACUGGAAGGAGAUCUGUGACUUUCCCAGGAGACAAAUUGCUAAGUGGCAUAUGCUCUGUGAUGGGUAGUUUCCUGGCCAUGAGUUGGAGCUUAAAGAUUUUUACUAGGCGAGAAGCAAUUUUCUUUGUUAUACAUGAUUAUAAGCUUGUGGCACAGCAAGCUAGCUUAUUUAUUUAUUUAUUUAUUUAUUUAUUUAUUAUUUUGGUUAGAAGUGGAUUAAAUUAGUAGACCAGAAAACAGUUGUAAAUGUGUAUCUUGAUAAUUUUCUCCUUUAUUAGAGGUGUUGGCUAAAUUUUCCUAAGAUACUCAGUUUCCCUCUGUGUGGUCUUAAGUGGGCCAACCAAGCCUAUUAUGAGCGAGCACUCUAGCUUAAUCUCAAGUCACAGGCAGGUGUGCAUUGUAGGUGAUGAUGUCACUUUUGCCUUUGUAGCAGGAGUCCAGGUGAUAGUUAAGAGUUCAAAAUGAAAACCACACCUUUGUGUAUGAAUAUUAACCCAUGUUUCUUCAGGUUGGGGAGAUAAGGUUUUAUUUAAAUCCAAAGAUAUUUCAGAAAUGUCCUCAAGUCUGUUUCUUAGUUCGAUAUGUCAUGUACAAAUGGUUGUCCUAUAUAUCAAAGAUAUGCUGUCAUUUCCAUUUGGUUUGUAAUUAUUUGAUACAAUCUCAUCAUAAAAAGGGUGACUUGGGUUCAUUUCACAAAGACAGCAAACAAGUUGAGAUAUUAAUUUAUUAAAGGGCUGAAUUGAAGAACACUGUGGUUGCGAUGAGAUUUUUUUUUGUUCCUUAAGAUCAUGUAAAAUGUAACUUCACAUAAGAACCAUGGUCUUGAAUUAUUCACUGCCCGUUACAAGCCUCAGUGUGGCCGAAGAUACUCCUAUUUACCUUUGUGAAGCUGUUGGACUAUCUAGUGGAAAAAAAUAAACUUAAGCUAGAAAUUCAGUUAGGAAUACAGUUUUUUUUUUUUUUAAAUAAAAAUCUAUCAGUGUACAGAUGUGUUUUCAAGGCUGUCUUUCCCCCUCAAAGAGGGCGUGGCUACCUAAGUUUUUGGCUUAUUCUUUCCCAGGAAGACCUAAGCUACUUAAAGAGAAACAAAAGAAAAGAAAACAUGUGUUAAAUUCUGUGUGUUGUCAGGUUGAAAUCAACCACAUUAAGUAAAAAGACUAAGACAAACGACGAAUAAGCCUAUCAGAAUUUACAAAUAUUCAUAAAAUAUACUUAAGCUGUAAAAUUAGCACAGACAUGUGUGUUCUGCACUAUCUUUGGAGGCCAACUUGUCUUGAGCUGUUAUUUUUAAGAUAGUUUAAAGAAUCGUGUCUUGUGCUACUCCGAGUUGCUAAGCUCUGAAAUUCUUGCAAAACUUGUUGGAGGCAAGCAGAGCUCUGGCAUUUUCUGGGAAGACUUAACUCUAUGGUGAUGUCUUUAUAUUUGAGUUGUUAGAGAAUCCUGAGUGUGACUUAGGUCCAGCCGAAUUAUUAAAUAUGCAAGUUAGAGAUGAUGUCUCCUGAAAACUUUACCCUUUGAGUCCAGUUUUGUGGCCGUACUUUAGACAUUGUUGAGAAUGUGUUUGAUAUCACAGUGUUUGUAAAUUCAAUGAAGACGUAUUUCCAAACUACUUGUCUGUGCUUUUUACGAUGACAACAAAAGUCCAACUUCCUGUAAGGAAGUGUAUUCCAUUCUGUCUGGACAAAAACUGAAAUGACCUCUUUCAUGCUUUUCCCAUACUCACUGUCAUCCAGUGACAAUGUCAUCUCACACCCCUGUCUACUCUUGCAGUCUGUGAAGACAACACGGAAUGAACUGCCAUCGUGUGAAAUUUGGGGAGGCCAGAAGGCCUUUGUAUGGAUGGACAUUUGAUGUCAUAGGCCAUGGAAUGUAGUAUAGCUUGGAGCUCUAAUGUCACGAGGCAUCCUUUCCAAGUCUCCUACAGAGAGGCAGGAAGUUGAUGGUGAUCCAGUUUAUAGGAUGUUUACUGGAAAAGAUUUUUUUUUUUUUUAAAAUAGAAAACAAGUCUGACAACAGAUGCUUUUAAAAUCACGUUAAAAUGUUUGUAAAUAGUUUUUUAGUUUCACAAUUUCAAGUGUUUUGAAGGUGGUAAGUUGAUUAAAACUAUUUAUAACUGGUUUUAAGGAAAAGAAAGAGAAAAGCAAGGAAAGAGUUGAAACAGGCAGGGAGGUGAGUGAUCUCAUCGUUUCUGAAAAUUGUACUGUUUAUAACGUAUUACAAUAUCAAUGUGAAUAUCCAACUCUGCUAAAAUUCCUGCACUGUAUUAAACAUGUAAAUUAAUUACUGUCUGCUUAGCCAGGCAAGCCACCCAAAUAGGGAGGUUGCCGUGUCUGAAGAACUGUGUGAUUCAGUAACUGACUUGUUCUGACUUGUUGUAGUUCAGUAGAAGUGAUCUGGAGGAAAGCAUGGUGUAAGGGAGAUGGCGUCUGUUCUUUUGUGCCAGCACUGUAUGUUUGUAAGACAUGAAUAAACUGCUGCUUUUGCCCAAACAA